UCAAUUUCACCUAUAUAUAUAUGCUUCUAGCAAUUUGAGAUUCUUGCAUGCUUUGGUUAGAGUUUGAUUUCGGUAUAGGAAAAAGUGAAGCUAGCAAGAACGAAAGGUUUUCGGUUUUCCAAUGGAAAUGAAGAAUGAGGAUCAGAUCACACAACAGGCUCAGAGACCAAAAUAUGAUUGCCUUCUAUUUGAUUUAGAUGAUACUUUGUAUCCUCUCAAUUCUGGUCUUGCAAAUGCAAUUGACAAAAAUAUUAAAGACUACAUGGUCGAGAAGCUUGGCGCAGAACCAAGUAAAACUGGUGAAUUGGUCAACCUCCUUUACAGUAACUAUGGAACUACUAUUGCUGGUCUAAGGGCUAUUGGAUAUGACAUUGACUAUGAAGAAUAUUACAGUUUUGUUCAUGGGAAAUUACCUUAUGAGAACUUAAAGCCAGACCCAGUUCUGAGGAAUCUGCUGCUGAGUCUCCCCUAUAGAAAGCUUAUUUUCACAAACUCAGACAAAGUCCAUACGAUUAAGGCACUUGAAAGACUUGGGUUGGAAGACUGCUUUGAAGGAAUGAUAUGCUUUGAGACCCUUAAUCCUAUCCAAAAGAGCACUGUUUUUUAUUAUGAAGCUGACAUAAAGUUUGAGGGUUCAAAGAGCAUAAAUCCAACACCCAAAAAUGGUGUAGAAUGCUCUGAAAUCUUUGACAUCAUAGAGCAUUUUGCUCAACCUGAACCCAGUGCAGUCCUGCCAGAGACACCAAUUAUCUGCAAACCAUCCGAACAUGCCAUUAAAUUGGCCCUCAAGAUGGCCAACCUUAACCCACAAAGAACCUUGUUCUUUGAGGAUAGUGUCCGCAACAUACAAUCUGGAAAACGAUUGGGCCUUCACACUGUGUUGGUUGGUAGAUCCUACAGGGUUAAAGGUGCUGAUUAUGCCAUGGAAAGCAUUCACAACCUUAAGGAGGCAGUGCCUGAACUGUGGGAAGCUGACAUAAAAGCACAAGUUGCAUGCCCGGGAACUGAGAAGCUUGCAGUGGAGACAUCAGAUAUAGCUUGAGACUUCGCAAGAAUGCCCCUUUUAGUAUCGUUAAUAAAUUGAAAAUCUAUGUAGAAAUAAAGAAGCAGUCAGCCACAGGGUUUUCCAUCUUCAAAUGUUUUUUUUUUUAAUCUAUAGGAUCAUUGCAUUCAAUAUCAGAGAUUUGAUAACAUUCACAGAUCCUAUUCAAUCAAUGAGUUAGAUUUCUUCGUUCAUUUUCAAAUGAGUAGUGGUUGGUUUGGUUGAGUGGAAGGACUGUCUUGCCUUGAGACCAAUAAUGAUAUUGCUAUAAGCAAACCGUUAAUAGUAGACGGGCUUCACAUGUUGUAGUUAUUGUACUUGAUGUUAAUGCAUGGUUCUUAACAAAAUAAAACGUUAGUAACUUA